CUCAAACUCACCUGCUGCGCGUGCUCGUCUUCUUAUAACAAGUUUGGCGAGAGGUUCACUUCUUCCACAAGUUUCCAGAAAGACUCUCUGGAAACCUCACAGCAUACAUGGACGGUAAUUCGCUGUUUGGUGUCUCAGGUCUGAUUAUGGAGAGUCCAGUGAAUGGAGAUCAUCGAGAUGCUAGUAACACAAUCAGAGAAAACCAUGUGUGGCCAGACGUAAAGAGUUUAACCAGAAGCAACGGCAUUCAUCAGAUGCCUGAGUUUCUAGACGACCCCUUCCCAGCUCCAGACUGGGUGUUGUUUCCUCCAGCUGAUUUUUAUAGUGACAGCACACCCAAUGGGUUUCAGACCACAUCUACAUCAGGCCUUUGGGGCGAAGACACAGACAUUUUCCAGCCUUUUAAAGAGAAAGCAGACCCUGAUCUGAGACACAGCAUCUCAGCCAAUCAGAACACAGAAUCGUGCUCUUCGUCCAAUCAGAGGGAUCCUCUCCUGGAAUUCAUCCUAUCCAGACAGAAGAAAUCCCAAGCCACGCCCUCCCCAGCUUCACCAUCCGAUCCCGCCAACGCUUUCCAAGAAACAUCCUCUGAAACGAACGGUUUCUUCCAGACUCCUUCACUCUCCACCUCUCCGUUCGUUUCUAACAGAGGCCCAGCGUCUGAAGAUGUUUUCAGGACGUCCACCGCAGGAACCAACGUCUCCGACAUCGAGGCGUAUGAUCCUCUGUUUGACCCUCAGAAUCAAGCUCCGUCCAAACACAAGAGCCAGUAUGAUCAGCUGUUCACCCGUCAAGAUGCAAAACAAGACAGUGGCAUGUCCCAUGAUGCUUUGCUCAAUGGAGGCGUUCAAGAGACAACACCAUUCACAAACGUCUCAAACGGAGACCUGAUGUUCAGGAGGCUCCCGCCCAAAGUUGCUCCUCGCAGUAAAGCCCCGAAGAUCCCCCCCCAGCCUCCUGCUCUCUCUCAGAUGACGUCGGCUGAGACCGAGAGAGAUCUGCAGGUGUUUGAGGACGUUCUUCUCAUCGGUCAGGAAAGGUGUGUGGAGGACUGGCCUGAACACUCUUCAGAGGAGAAACCUACGGGGAAGAUCAGGCUUCGGAGAGACUCUGUGAAGAUUCCAGACGUUUCUGAUGGAGGAGCUGAUGGGACGGUGAAGAGGAACGGGAAGCAGGUACAGCAUGAGUCUGAACUCUGUGAGAGUUUGACACGUUUGUUCUUCUUCAUCUGUGAUUGUGUCUCUGUUGAUCUUCAGACUCUGGGAAGGAAACUGAGACACUCGCUGCUGAUCAGGAGGAGCUCGAAGGAUGAACUGACGAUCUCCGAGACGAACACAAGCUCACUGAAUCCAGGCUCAAAGCUCAUUGAUGGCACAGACGAGUUCUUCACUCCAGAAGAAGAAGAACAGAACGGAGCUGCCGAGCACAAACCUAAGAAGUCAAAACCCAAGAUUAUCACACACCGCAGAGGAUCGAAGGUGAAAUCUGCUGAAGCUUCAGCUAGACUCUCUCCAGACUAUAAGGAUGAUUUACCGUCCUCGUCCUCGUCCAAACAUGAGGAUCUGGUGGCGUGGGGAGAGAAGAAAGCAGAAGAUGUGGACUGCACACCGCAGCUGCAGAAGUUCAAGCCUCCUGUGCCACGACGACCGUCAAAGUCCUUCUCCAAAGAUCCCUUUGUGGAAGGUGAUGUGGAUGUCGGCGCUUCAGUCCAAGACAGUCACCAGAUGCCAGAGGUGGACACACAUCUGGAGGAUGAAGAGAGAAACACAGAGACUGACGCACAGAAACCGAGAAAGAAAGUGCGAGUUAAGUUUGUUCCUCACAGAGGGUUUGUCAUCGGUUUAUCUAAGGUUGACAAGGCUAAUCAUGAAAGAAAGGAGGAAACACAACAUCUUAAGGACAGUGAUGACUCUGAGCUGAAGGGAGCUCAUGGAUUCACUCCUCCUCAGCAUCUGAAGGAUGAUGAUGGGUUUGAUGAUCUGAAAGGAGCGUUUGGUCACAAAGCUCACGGGUUGAAGGAAGACCCAGUACUGAAAACUGAAGCUGGACGGAGUUAUUCACCCAACAACGCUCAGAGUUCAUAUUCUAACGGCUUUAUGAGUCCUGCGUCAUGGGAUUCAAAGCCGUCUGAUCUGGAGACAGAUGUCCAUAAAUCCUCAGAUGUCUUCACUCGGUCAGACAGCUUUGAGAAACAUCAGGAGAUGACAGACAGUCGACCGAAGAAAUCGCUGAAGUUUAAAGUCCCUCGCAUUCCUCGCAGACAAUUAAAGAGCGCUGAAAACCCUGAGAUCAAGCAGAGCAAAGAUCGUGACGCUUCGGAGAUGAAGAAGCCUCCUCUUCUGAAAGUGCCUCCUCUUCUGUCCCAUCGAGACUCGAAGAGCUUUGAGGACGACGAGUUCCCUCCGAAGGGAGCAGAUCUGUUCAAGGCGGAGGACGAAGGCUGGGAGGAAUACACGCCGGAUAAUAAACCACAGAAACCUCGAGAGACUGACACACAUCGCAGAGAGUCACAGACUAAAGACAUGAAGGAGUUUCCUGAAGAGUUUCUGGAUCCUCCAGGAGCCACGUCUGGAGACUUUUACCUGUCUGAAGCUGCCAGGGCUGAGUGGAUGUCAGCUCAGAUGGACAUGAGACGACUGAGAGCUCAGGAGGAAGAGCAGCCGCAGGAGGAAGAGGAGGAUGAAGGGGACACUGACAGUCUGAUGGAGUGGUGGAACACAGUGGACUACUGGGAUGAAAUAACCCCUGAGACGAUCCGAUCUAAAGAAGAAGAGACCGUAUCGUUUAAAGCGGUCGCUGAUAAGGUCCACCGCAGUCUCCGUGUGUAUCUGAAGCUCUUCAUGGAGCGCGCCGAGCUGCUCUACCAGCACGUGCUGAUCUUAUACGGCAUCGCAGACGACCUCAGCAACUUCCACCACCGCACUAAAAUCGCCAACAUCACGGGAGGAACGACCACCGCAGUGGGAGGAGCCACAGCUAUCGCGGGGCUAGCGCUGAUUCCUGUCACCUUCGGGGUGUCCGUCAUCAUCUCAGCCAUCGGGCUCGGCGUGGCUACAGCGGGCGGCAUCACAGCCGCUUCGGCCUCCAUCUCAGACACCAUCAACAACAUGCACGACCGUAAGAAGAUUGAGCUCAUCAUCAUGGACUACGAGGCGCAGCUGGUGGAAAUGCAGCGCUGUUUGCAGUUCAUCAUUGAAGGUCUCUGUCGACUGCGCUCUCAUCCGCUGCUGCGACGAAACAACUACUACACCGGAGACUGGGAGGUACGCCGCGCACUCCAGACCAUUAGCUUAGUUGAUGGCCCAGUAGAUCAGGCUGAAGAAAUCAUUCGCAACACACUGGCCAAGUUAGCCAGUCUGCAGAAAGGAAUAGACAAGUACUUCACUAAAGACUUGAAGGAGGUGAAGAAGGGCUGUAAGAAGGAAGUGACGGCUGAGGUGCGGGGUCUGGCCAAACAUCUCCACGAAGGUUUAGCGGAGCUCAACUCCAUCAGAGAACAGCUGCUCGACGCCAGCGGAAACAUCUAGUAGAUGUCAAAGUUUUGGUUCAGAUGUCUGCACUCCCAUUGGCUGUCGCAGCAGUGCUUUCCUGCUCAUUUGCAUAAAGUGGAAGGGUGAUUCUCAGCAGGUUUCUACUCUUGAGGUCAAAUGAAGUCCAGCUGCUUUGUUGAUUCAAAUCACUGUCAGUGUGAACGCAUCUUACAACUUCACCAUAACUGGAUUGAGUUCUCAUGUAAUGAGAUCUCCGAUGAUCUAUAAGAUCCAUCCACAUUAAGAGAAUGUUUUCCAAUUUGAACCUCAAUUCCUGUUGUGUUUUACUGUGUGGUUCCCAUCACGAUGGCUGUACAACCUGAGAACAGUCUUCAAAAUUAUUUUUAUCUGCCUAUUUUUUUUUGUUUUUUGUAACAUUGUCCACUGCCAUUUGUAAUUUGAACGUGUGUGGGUUCAUUCACGUCCAGUUAUUUUAAUAGUUUAAUAACUUGUGAUAUUGCUUGAUGUUGCAGACUGGUAUUUCUUAUAUUUUAUUAUUUUGUAUAGUCGUAUUCAUAAACAAGAGUGGUAGAGCAUUGCGUUAGCAGUGCAAAAGG